CAAAAGACUUGGUGCUUGCAAGAGAGAAAGUCAGUGCUCAGCACAGUGGUCACUGUGUGGGAGCCAUCUGUCACUUCAAUUCACUGGGACAGAGACGGGCUACUAUGAAUACAGCAGUGAUGAGCAUGUAAGAACAAGUGUUCCUUCAUUAAGAAAAUUGUGAGAUCAACAUGUUUCAAAAUCAGACUUUAGCAUAAUAAAGUAUAUUUUCUCAGAAGCCAAUCCAUACCUCUAUGAACUGGAUACUCCACUCAACAAUGGUCAGUCCCAACCAGACAGUAGUGACAGAGUUUGUGCUGCAAGGGUUCUCAGAGCACCCAAGUCUAAGACUGUUCCUGAUGGGCUGUUUCCUGUCCCUGUACACAGUGGCUUUAAUGGGCAACAUGGUGAUCAUUGCUUUGAUCACCUCAAGCACUGGGCUCCACAGUCCCAUGUACUUUUUCCUGUGCAACUUAGCGACCAUGGAUAUUAUCUGCACCUCCUCUGUACUGCCCAAGGCGCUGGUUGGUCUACUGUCUGAGGAAAACACCAUCUCCUUCAAAGGGUGCAUGACUCAGCUCUUCUUUCUUGUGUGGUCUGGAUCCUCUGAGCUGCUGCUGCUCACAGUCAUGGCCUAUGACCGCUAUGUGGCCAUCUGUUUGCCCCUGCAUUACAGCUCUAGGAUGAGUCCACAGCUCUGUGGGACCUUUGCCGUGGGUGUAUGGUCCAUCUGCGCACUAAAUGCAUCUAUCAACACUGGUCUGAUGACACGGCUGUCAUUCUGUGGCCCCAAGGUCAUCACCCACUUCUUCUGUGAGAUUCCCCCACUCCUCCUGCUCUCCUGUAGUCCUACAUAUAUAAAUAGCGUUAUGACUCUUGUGGCAGAUGCCUUUUAUGGAGGCAUCAAUUUUUUACUUACCUUGCUAUCCUAUGGCUGCAUCAUUGCCAGCAUCCUGCGCAUGCGUUCUGCUGAGGGCAAGAGGAAGGCCUUUUCUACCUGCUCAUCCCACCUCAUCGUGGUCUCUGUGUACUACUCAUCUGUGUUCUGUGCCUAUAUCAGUCCUGGUUCCAGCUACAGCCCAGAAAGAAGCAAAUUUACCUCGGUUUUGUACUCAGUCCUCAGCCCAACCCUCAACCCCCUCAUCUAUACACUGAGGAACAAGGAUGUCAAGCUUGCCCUGAGAAGACUCUUCCCCUCUUUCUCAAAUUAA